CCAUUUUCCCUCCUCUUCCAUCGCCAUCAUCCGCCAUGGAUUCCCCCUUCGAAACCCCACAUGAAUUCGACUGGCAUUACAUCCAAGAAGACGCAUUUGCAGGGAUUUCGGAACUGCCACCGCUUUCCGUUUCUGAUUUUGGUAGCUUCAAUCUGAGAUUUGAGGGUUUUGAUGAUAUUUCCGAUGGGUUGUUUUCAUUCGAGGAGACUAUGCUGGCUCUUCCUCCACCACCACCGGCACCGCAAUUUGAUGAAGAUAUGGUGAUCGACGUUAAGCCGUUGAGGAGUUCUGUUUCAACUGUCUCUGCCUCUACUUCUUCAGGGCACUACGGAACAGCUAGCGGUAGUAGUGGUCCAACUUGGGUUGGGAAGGAAGAGGAGAGGAGGGUGAGUGGAAGGCGGAGGAGUUCUCAGUUGGAAUUGGAAGAGAUUCAGAAGUACUUCGACGUUCCGAUUACUAGAGCUGCUAAGGAGAUGAAUGUGGGACUUACUCUGUUGAAGAAGAGGUGCAGGGAACUAAAUAUCAUGAGAUGGCCCCAUAGGAAAAUCAAGAGCUUGAAAACUCUCAUCAACAAUAUCAAGGUGAUGGGAUUAAAGGGGGAGAUAAUGAUGUUGGAGGAGCACAAAAGGCUUCUCAAAGAAAUGCCAGAUAUGGAACUAAGUGAGAGAACCAAAAAGCUGAGGCAGGCUUGUUUCAAGGCCAAUUACAAGAAAAGGAUGUGUUUGGCUGCUCCUACUUAGAGUACCUUUAGUCAAUGUUUUAGUUAGGUCAUUUUCCUUUCUUAAUUACCUUUUUCUUCAAGCACACACAGAGACCACAGUUUCUUGGCACAACAUUGUAGAGAAAAAGCAGAAGUCGUUAUCAAGAAAUUAAUGUUCAUGAA